AUCAAUAAACAAAGAUUUAUACAAUUUCUGAUAUGGUGAAAGAUCUUCAAUAUGAUCGGUUGAGAUAACGAAAAUGUCUGAAAUGUAGCCCGAUCACCGCUUCUUCUGACGCGUCUUUCUAGAUUUGCGACGAACCAGCCUAUUUUUUUGGAUCAGCAAUCGAUCAACACGAUCGCACUCUCAGAACAAAUUCCAGGUGCAUAAUGAAGGCUUCUCUAAUUUUCCUCUUGCUUGCGUGCACUUCAGUUUACGCAAUGUCGGAUGAAGAUGUAACUGAGUUACAGAUUGAUGUUACGCGUAGGCCAUCAUCUUGUGAUAUUCAAACUCAAAAAGGAGAUAAAAUCAAAGUUCAUUAUCGUGGGAUGUUCGCAGAUGGGACUGUUUUUGACUCUAGUUUUGAAAGGGGUGUCCCAUUUGAGUUUGAGCUUGGCGCUGGUAAAGUAAUUAAAGGAUGGGACCAAGGAUUACUAGGAAUGUGCGUUGGUGAGAAACGGAAAUUGACAAUUCCUUCAAAGUUAGGAUAUGGACCGCAAGGCGUUCCACCAACCAUAUCAGGUGGUGUAACACUUGUAUUUGACACUGAGCUUGUUGCUAUUAAUGGGAAACCAUCAAGCGGUGGAAACUAAGUCA